AUGUCUCCUCUUUCCAGACAUGCCCAACAGGCCGGCUUGCUCCUCUUGAUAGCAUCAUCAUGGGCACCUCUAGCUGCUACCCUAAACAUCGAGUAUUGUGCUAGCUACAAUACUGGCGAGACUCCCAGGAAUACGAGCAUUUAUCAGACAAAUGGCCUCUGCCACGAUUUCUGUAUCGAUGACUGGGCAUACGCUAUCACUCAGGAUAAGCUAUGCUGGUGUUCGAAUUACGCUCCUGUCAAGUCAUCCCAAGUGGACGACUCCAAGUGCGAUACUCCUUGCCCAGCAUGGCCUGAUGAAGUCUGCGGUGGUGACGGAGUGUACGGAUAUGUGUCUCUUGGCAACGUCGAGCCUUCAGGCUCAAGGGGCCCUUCCCCUUCAUCAACCACAACCGAAGAUCAAACCUCAGUCACGAGCACAGCCGAGGAUGAAUCAACUACAUCUAGUUCGCGCACCUCUGUUGUCCAGACUGUCACUGCUGGCGGUACUAUCAGGACCGUCACUGUGGCAGCCCCGACGGAGACUGGCGGAACGACCGCAAGCGAAAACACCAAUGGCUCAACUACCGAGAAGAGUGGACUUGGCACUGGCCAAGUUGUCGGUAUCGUGGUAGGCGUGAUUGCAGCCGUCAUCGGUGCCGCAGGCCUCGUGCUAUUCCUCUGGUUCCGACGAAAGAAGCAACAGAACGAACAAGAAGCCUAUCAGGACGAUCCCAGUGUUCGAGAUAGCUCCUCGGGCAUUGCACGACCUGAUAUGAGCAUGGCUGGAUCACCAAUUGCAUCAGCCGCGGCAGGAAGCCGUAACAGCACCUUGCAAGUCGAUCCUCGAAUGGAUCCGUUUAAGCAAGGGUUGUACGUUCGAAGCGCAAGUCAUGAGAGUAUCAACACAUUGCGAGAUGACCACGACUAUUCGAGGAGGAUUCAGCCACCCAAGGUUCUUCGUGCAACAAACCCCGAUCCAACGCCCGAGCCUUGA